AUGCACUAUUCUUCUGUGAUUGCCUGUCUCUCUUUACUGGCAAGGGCCAAUGCCCAGCUGCUAGACCUCCCUGCUGUGGAUGAGCUAGUCAGUUCUGCUUUGCGGCCUUUCGAGCGAUAUACUACAUUGGGAGACCCGACAAGAGUCGCCACGGCCGUUGCAAGCCAGAAGACGAAGACCGCGAAAGUUGCGGAGCUCAGCGCUGAAGUAGCCGCGGCAGAUACAGCUUACUGGCUAGCGGACAUCGCUCAUCAAGGAAUCGCCGCCUUCAAUUCGGAUCCCUCUGGCUACAAAGUCUUCCGCAAUGUGAAAGAUUACGGAGCCAUAGGUGAUGGUGUAACCGACGAUACCGCUGCCAUCAAUGCAGCUAUCAGCGCUGGUGGUCGUUUUGGCCCAGCAAGCAGGCAGUCAUCGACCACAACUCCUGCGAUUGUCUACUUCCCAUCUGGAACGUAUCUGAUUUCGUCAUCGAUCAUUGAUUACUACUUCACCCAGCUGAUUGGCAAUGCGAAUAACUUGCCAGUUCUGAAAGCAACUGCAGGGUUCGUCGGACUGGGGCUGAUUGACGGUGACCAAUAUCAGAGCGAUGGCAACCAGGGCUGGGGAUCGACCAAUGUGUUUUUCCGGCAGAUUCGCAAUUUGAAACUGGACUUGACGGCGAUCCCUGCCGGUACUGCUGCUACAGGUAUUCAUUGGCCGACUGGCCAAGCCUCCAGCAUCCAGAAUGUUCAGAUUGCCAUGAGCUCUGCUUCUGGCACGCAGCACCAGGGUAUCUUUAUUGAAAAUGGCUCCGGUGGCUGGAUGACCGAUGUGACCAUUACCGGUGGUCUCUAUGGAGCCAAUGUUGGCAACCAGCAGUUCACAAUGCGGAAUAUCGUCAUCCAGAACGCCGUGACGGCUAUUUCUCAAAUCUGGGAUUGGGGUUGGACUUACCAAGGCUUGCACUUGAUCAACUGUCAAGUUGGCCUCUCAAUCGAGAACGGUGGUGCUGGCAGCCAGCAGGUUGGCUCAGUCAAUGUCCUUGACAGCACCAUUGAAAACUGCCCUACAUUUGUGACCACCGCUUGGCAGUCUUCCACACUAUCAACUGGCAGCCUUAUUCUGGAAAACAUCGAUUUGAACAAUGUCCCAGUUGCCGUGAAAGGUGUCAGCGGCACUGUCCUUGCUGGUUCGUCGGGCUCCACGACAAUUGCUGCCUGGGGCCAGGGCCACAAGUAUACUCCCAACGGACCCGUUAACUUCCAGGGCUCGUUCACUCCGCCAUCACGCCCAAGUGCCUUACUUGCUAGUGGAUCGAACAGGUAUUACACCAAGUCCAAGCCUCAGUACGCGUCGUCACCCGUAUCUUCGUUUGUCAGUGUUCGAAGUGCUGGGGCCAGGGGUGAUGGCUCAACCGAUGACACGGCUGCUAUUCAGUCUGCCUUGACAUCUGCCGCGUCUAAUAACAAGAUUCUUUUCUUCGAUCAAGGAAACUACAAGGUCACCGACACACUCUAUGUCCCACCCGGCUCUCGGAUCGUCGGCGAGGCAUACUCCGUCAUCAUGGCCACGGGCAGUAAAUGGUCGAGUAUUACCAACCCCAUUCCUGUCGUCCAGAUUGGCAGAGCUGGAGAAUCCGGAUCCGUUGAAUGGUCUGACAUGAUGGUCAGCACCUCGGGCUCCACACCGGGCGCUGUACUUAUUGAGUGGAACUUGGCAGCGACAUCUGGAUCCGGGAUGUGGGAUGUGCAUACGCGCAUUGGAGGCUUCCGAGGUUCUAACCAGCAGGUUGCUCAGUGUCCUACAAACGCGGCUGUCUCUACGGCUUGUGAGGCUGCUUUUAUGUCCAUGCACAUUACGAGUAGUGCCAGGGGUGCUUACCUAGAGAACAUCUGGCUUUGGACCGCGGAUCAUGAUCUCGAAAGUCCAAUUAAUCAACAAAUCACAGUAUACACCGGACGCGGUCUUCUGGUUGAGGGAGAGAAUGUCUGGCUAUAUGGCACUGCAUCCGAGCAUCACCAGCUGUACCAGUACCAGUUCUCGGAUGCAAGCUCGAUUGUCGCAGGAUAUGUACAAACAGAGACACCAUACUGGCAGCCAAACCCCAACGCGGCCGACGGUCCUUACAAAAGCGACGCCAGUUUCAACGACCCCAGCUUCAGUAGCUGUCUCGGAGGUAACUGCGACGCCCUCGGUCUACGCAUCCUCGAUACCAAUGACGUGAUCCUCUACGGAGUCGGUCUAUACAGCUUCUUCAACAAUUAUGACACCUCAUGCUCCACGUUCCCGGUCCCGGAGAACUGCCAAAGCAUGAUUUUCAGCAUUGAGGGAAAUACAAGCGGAUUGGUGGUCUAUGGGCUCAACACUGUUGGCACAACGAACAUGAUUGUAAAGGAUGGUACAUCGCUGGCGGUGGUCAGCGACAAUCUGGCUACAUUUGCCGCCACUAUUGCAUACUUCACUCUUUAG